AUUUUAUUGUUUAAUAAAUUAAUUGAUUAAUUAAAAGCUGAUUUUAUGAUGGAGGUUAGGAUUCAUAGUGAAAUUCAAAAGGAAAAAUAACGCAAUAAGAAGGAUAAUGAUUCUUCUUUAUUCAUGGUCUGUCAUCCUGAAGAAGUUAGCAAGAAGAAUGUGUGGUAUCUGGAUACUGGCUGCAUCAACCAUGUGUGGAGACAAAUUUACAUUUUCAGAUUUGGAUGAGUCUUGUCAAGACAAGGUGAAAUUUGGUGAUAAUUCCACUAUUGCAGUGAAGGGAAGGGGAAAGGCCUUGCAGCAGAAGAAGAUGGUAAAUGGUCUUCCUCAUUUUGAUUCACCUUCAGAAAUUUGUGAAAUCUGCAUGAGCACCUUGCCUAAGGAGUUUUGGCCAGAAGCUAUUAAUUGGGGUGUUCAUAUCUUGAACAGAAGUCCCACAUCUCCACUUCCAGAUAUGAUGCCAGAAGAGGCUUGGAGUGGACACAAACCUGCUAUUGAUUACUUCAGAAUUUUUGGUGUUAGUGAUCAGUCCAAAACUUAUAAAUUGUACAAUCCUUUAACCAAGAAGGUCAUCAUUAGCCAUGAUGUAGUAUUUGAUGAAGCAAGCACUUGGUCUUGGACAGAAAAAUUUGGACAACAGAUUCCUGAAAAUUUCGAAAAUGGAAAAGAUAUGACUGUACAGAACUCAGAAGGUCAAACACAGCAAACCGGAGGUUUAACUUCAGCAGAUCUCAAAGUUUCAAGACAAAUAGCUGAAAAAAGUCUACUUGUAGCAGUAGAACUUAGUACUGGAGGAAGUUUGCCAACAACACCAGAACUGGAAUUUGGAACUAGUUCCAGACCUCAAUACAAGAAGAGAAGACCAACAUGGUUAGAGGAUUAUGAGGUAACAGAUCUACCUCAAAAUGAUGUUCCAGUCACUCAUUUUGCCCUAUUUGCAAAUUGUGAUCCAUUAACAUAUGAAGAGGUCGUUAAAGAAGAAAAGUGGCAAAAAGCCAUGGCAGAAGAAAUUGGUUCUAUUGAAAGGAACCAGACUUGGGAGUUGACAGAUUUUCUAGAAGGGCACAAGACUAGUGGUGUUAAGUGGAUCUACAAGACAAAACUCAAAAAGAAUGGGAAGGUUGACAAAUUCAAAGCUCGCUUGGUGGCAAAGGGUUACAAGCAAGAGUUUGGUAUUGAUUAUCAAGAAGCUUUUUCUCCAGUUGCAAGGAUGGAUACCAUCAGAUUGGUGAUUACUUUGGCAGCACAAAACUCAUGGCCGAUCUACCAGCUUGAUGUGAAAUCAGCCUUCUUGCAUGGAAAUCUACAAGAACAAGUAUUUAUUGAUCAACCUUCGGGUUAUGUGAAAUCUGGUUUUGAGCAUAAGGAAGUUCUAGACAAAUUUCAGAUGAAGAACUACAAGUCUGUCACUACACCAAUUGACAAAGGUGUAAAGCUCAUAAAAGAUCCAGGUGGCAAAUCUAUGGACAAUAAACUGUAUAAGUAGAUUGUUGGAAGUUUGAUGUAUCUAACAGUAACAAGACCAAACAUAAUGCAUGGUAUAAGUUUGAUUAGCAGACAUAUGAAGCAUCCAAAGGAGUUGCACUUGUAGACUGCCAAAAGAAUUCUCAAGUAUUUACGUGCAGUUGUAGAUUUUGGACUAUUCUUCAAGAAGGGUGACCAAAUAGAUCUUGUAAGCUUUA